AUCCCCAAGACCCAGGGACGCAUGGAAGUUGCAGCCGUCUUAACUCUCUCUAUCCUUUUGAAUUUUUUUCUUUUUCCGAAUCUCUGACCGCUUUUCUUUUUCUCUCCCUCCGGGGAAAACGAACGAGAUCUACCGACUACCAUCGACCCCAUUCUCCUUCUUCUCUUUGUUUCUUCGUUUGUUUCUACCGCUUCUCUCGUUGUCCAAGAGUAAUAAAGAAAAACUGAAGCGGAAGAACCGUGUACUAUGGAUCUGUAAUUUCCUUGGUUGAGCGGCUCUCGAAUGCAUAAAAGCGUUUUUUCUAUGCAAUAUCGGCCGCGAAUUCUGAAGGACGUCGCUCAUAAAUAACCAAGGAAGCGGGAGAGAGAGUGAAAAGGAAGGGAGAGAGAGAGAGGUUCCCAGAGAGAUCCCCUCUCUCUCUUGCCCUGUGGCUUAGCGAGGUGAAGACGGAAGAGGAGGCAAAGGAAGGAAGCCCUCGCCUCGGCCUUCGUGUUUCUUCUUCUCCUUUACGCUUGCUGUUGGGCCUUUUUUCAUGGAGACAUAAGUGGGGUACUCCAUAAUUUUGCUUUCUUAGAUCGAGUCUUUGCUGGGUGCGUGUUUGUGUCGGUGGGUGUUUGGAAUUCAGGGAGGAGGAGGAGGUGGUGGUGGCUGCUGUCUUCCAUGGCGACGGUGGAGAAGAGGACGUCAUCGGUUUCCGAUGUGGGAGCCUGGGCCAUGAAUGUGGUGAGCUCUGUGGGGAUCAUCAUGGCCAACAAGCAAUUGAUGUCUCCUGGCGGAUACGCCUUCUCGUUUGCCACCUCUCUUACCGGAUUCCAUUUUGCGGUGACGGCAUUGGUCGGAUUCGUCUCCAACGCCACCGGCUAUUCGACGUCCAAGCACGUCCCCUUGUGGGAGCUCCUUUGGUUCUCCAUCGUCGCGAACAUGUCGAUCACCGGCAUGAAUUUCAGCCUUAUGCUCAAUUCCGUGGGAUUCUACCAGAUUUCUAAGUUGAGCAUGAUUCCCGUCGUUUGCGUGAUGGAGUGGAUCCUCCAUAACAAGGGCUACUCCAAGGAGGUCAAGGCUUCCGUCUUGGUGGUGGUGUUAGGAGUGGGGGUUUGCACUGUCACCGAUGUCAAGGUGAACGCCAAAGGGUUCAUCUGUGCCUGCGUCGCUGUCUUGUCCACCUCCCUGCAGCAAAUCACCAUCGGCUCAUUACAAAAGAAGUACUCGAUUGGAUCUUUUGAGUUGUUAAGCAAGACGGCUCCCAUACAGGCUGUCUCUCUCCUUCUGUUUGGCCCUAUCGUGGAUUAUUUGCUUUCUGGGCAAUUUAUUUUCAGAUACCACUUAUCUACUGGUGCUGUGCUUUUUAUCCUCCUUUCAUGUUCCCUUGCGGUGUUCUGCAAUGUGAGCCAAUAUCUCUGCAUUGGCCGCUUCUCUGCUGUCUCAUUCCAGGUUUUGGGUCAUAUGAAGACAGUCUGUGUUCUCACACUAGGAUGGCUGCUAUUUGACUCAGAAUUGACACUGAAAAAUAUAUUAGGAAUGGCUCUUGCCAUUGUUGGCAUGGUUGUCUAUAGCUGGGCUGUUGAGAAAGAGAAACAAGCUAAUGCAAAGGCUUCGCAGUACAAAGAAAGCCUUACAGAAGAGGACAUGAGCCUGUUGAAAGAUGGAGUUGAGAACACUCCUGUGAAGGACAUUGAGCUUGGCAGUGAAACGAAAGGUUGAGGCUAGUAGUGGUGGUUGUUAGUGUAGGUACCGCUCCUGGAUAUAGGAUCAACGUGAGCAUCGACCUAUGUCCUAGCAGAAGGUUUGUUGAAGAAGAAUCCAGCCAUGGUAGCCUCUUCUUCAAAGGCUAAUUUUUCCAUUUCAGUUUCAUGGUUGUUUUGGAUCUCGAAUGUUGUAUAAUGUGGCAUAUCUAGAGGUAUAGUUGUUUCACGUUUUUGAUUAUUUAUUUUUUGAACAAUGAUAUUAUGACGAUAAUGAUGCUUUUACUAUUUAUUUUGGAGAAUACAAUUCCAAGAUAGAAUACUUAAUGUGUGUUUA